AUGUGCAUCUUGUGCUCGAGUGAUCCUGUGGACGGCGAUGUGCGCAAGGACAACCCCGGCGCGUUCCACGUGGGCAUGAUGAAGGCGCCGGGCGCCGACCCCGUGUGCUGUUUGGCAUCGUGUCUGUGUCCGUGCUGUGCGCAGAUUGUGAUCCGUCGCAAGGCGCUCAACUACGACAUGAGCAACUACACGUGCUGUCAGGGCUACAUGGACGGCAUCGUGCCCUGCGCGCGCUCUGGCCAGUGUGGCGAGUCUAGCUGCCCCAAUGGCUGUCUUUGUCUCGAGGCCUUUUGUUGCAAUGGCUGUGCCGUGUCUGCUACACGCAUGCUGGUCAUGGACCGCUACCGUCUGCAGCCCGACAAGUGGGACAACCGCAUUAUUCGAUGCAACAAUUGUAUCCAGCUCGUUAGCUGCGUCUGCAGUCUGCUGUCCAUCUGCAUCUCGGAGCUCGGCGAACUCGCGAAUCUCUUGCACUGCGUCGCACAGUGCACGUAUGCUUCGACGCAAGGCUGUAUGACCGCGCAAGUAAACGUGGAGCUUCGCGAACGCGAGAAGGGCUUUGAGGUGCCAGACGAGACCAUGGACCGCGUCUGA